GUGAUCGUCGUUCGGCCUAACCGGCUGUGGGGUCAUCGAUGUCCUCCUGCUCGGCGUCAUCCUCAUCACCGAUUGGAGAAGACUACAGCCCUUCUCACCGGCCCCUCCCUUCUUCUCCCCGCGAAGUUGUACAUGGAGGCUGCAGAAUGGAUUCUGGCUCACACCAACCUCCGACCCCGAGUGGCAAUCAUCUGCGGUUCUGGUCUGGGAUCUUUGGCUGACACCCUACAUGAUAAAGUCAUCAUACCGUAUGAGCAGAUCCCGAACUUCCCCCGCAGCACUGUGCAGGGCCACGCGGGUAGAUUGGUGCUUGGAAUGCUGAGUGGGAAGCCGUGUGUCUGCAUGCAGGGCCGAUUCCACAUGUAUGAGGGAUACUCCAUCUCUGCAGUGGCAUUCCCAGUUCGCAUAUUCUAUCUGCUGGGAGUACACACAUUGAUUGUGACUAACGCAGCAGGCGGGCUGAAUGGCAGCUAUUCUGUGGGGGACAUCAUGUUCAUCAAAGAUCACAUCAACCUGCCAGGAUUGGCUGGACAGAACCCCCUGCGAGGACAGAACGAUGACAGGUUUGGCGUGCGGUUCCCUUGUAUGUCUGAUGGCUACGACUGCCAUCUGCAGAGCCUGGCAAAGGACUGUGCACGGGAGCUGGGCAUACAAGACUACAUCCGGGAAGGUGUGUACUGCAUGGUGGGGGGCCCCUCCUAUGAGACCGUCGCUGAGGGACGCAUGCUGCAACUGCUGGGAGCCGACGCUGUUGGGAUGAGCACGGUUCCUGAAGUGCUGGUGGGACGUCAUUGCCCUCCGCAUUUUUGGAUUCUCUCUCAUUACCAAUAUGGUAGUGACAUCAUAUGACAGCUCCACUUGUGCCGACCACCAGGAAGUCCUCCAGACAUCUGAGAAGCGAGCAGCUGCACUGACAGCACUGAUCACUGCCCUGGUGGGGAAGAUUACAGACUGA